AUGCCCACCCCUACUGAUUCCCCCACAAAGCUCCGCUCCGCCUCCGCCUUUCCCAGCUUAUACAAUCCGCCCCUUUCUUACUCUGGUCUCUCAUUUUCCGGGAGCUUCAAUUUUGCACCUUUCAGGCAAGCUCGUGCGACGUCAUCGUUCGCCAUGGCCUCUCCGAUUUUAGUGAAAGUCAACGCCUCUUCCACCGUGGGGGAGCUUAACAAUGAAUAUGAAGCUUCAUCUACUAAAAAGGUUGGAGCUGAUGACUUGUUGAUUGUUGGGCCAGGGGUCCUUGGACGCAUCGUGGCUGAAAAAUGGCGGGAGGAACAUCCUGGAUGUCAAAUUUAUGGGCAGACAUUAACGACUGAUCAUCAUGAUGAGCUAAUAAAGAUGGGGAUCAGUCCUUUUCUCAAGUGGGGAACCCAAGUAGCUUCCAAGUUUUCCCAAGUCAUCUUCUUGCUCCUCCAUAUGGAACCGCCGAUUAUCCGGGUGAAGUCAGGUGUGCUAAGCAACAUGCACAAGUGA